AUGCAUUGUCUCUGACUGAAUUUGAGUUGAUGGAACAAUUGGACGUUGGGAUGGCAGAAGUAAAAUCUGCAAUGGCACAUAUCAGUGAAGUUGUUUGUCCGCCUUGUCAAACUGCAUUGCUUCUGAUGGAGCAGCGAGUGCGCGAUGAGAGAUCGGCCGGUCAUCUUCCAACUCGUUUGAGAGGAUUAGAUGAGGCCUUGUGUGGCGGCAUACCCUUUGGUGUUGUGACAGAGUUGGUUGGUCCUGCUGGAAUUGGCAAAACGCAGUUUUGCUUGAAGCUCUCCCUGCUGGCAUCUUUGCCGGAAAAUUGUGGAGGCUUAGAUGGGCGUGUCAUAUAUAUUGAUGUUGAAUCCAAAUUUAGUUCAACAAGGUUGAUACAGAUUGGAAUAGAGAAUUUUCCUGAAAUAUUUCUCAAGAAAGGAAUGGCACAGGAGAUGGCUGGUAGAAUCGUUAUUCUGCGUCCCACAUCACUUUCUGAGUUCACUGAGAGUUUGCACCAUGUCCAAGUAUCACUCCUCCAGAAACAAGUGAAGUUGCUCAUCAUUGAUAGCAUGGCUGCCCUUGUUUUAGGUGAGCAUGAUUGUGGAGCUUCUAGACAACAAGCAUUGGGUUGGCAUGUUUCUUUUAUCAAGUCACUUGCAGAAUUUUCACGAAUUCCAAUAGUAGUGACAAAUCAAGUAAGAUCUCAAAUUGGUGAUGAACCUCUUACGUUUUCCUUUCAAGUACGAAGCCACUCUAUAAAAAAAGAAGAUCGUGCUGCAUAUGAUUCUCAUCUUGUUGCUGCUCUGGGCAUUAACUGGGCUCAUGCUGUGACCAUCCGUCUUGUACUUGAGGCCAGAUCAGGUCAAAGAUUUAUCAAGUUAGCAAAAUCUCCGAUUUCUCCUCCUUUGGCUUUCCCUUUUAACAUAACUUCAUCAGGGUUGGUUCUUCUGGAUGAUGAUGGGAUAGAGAUGAAAGGAUCAGAAAUAAACACUAUCCACUGCCAAGGCCAAAAAGCUUUGUUCAAUUCUGAAUGGUGAAUGUAGACUAGUUGCCUUAACCUGCUCAAUUAAUCCCUUUCUCCAAGACAUUACAAGGUUAGUUUUAUUUUUAUUUGUUUUUUGUGUUAAUUUACAAGGUUUAAUUGAUAUAAAAUUCUUGCUUGUGGUGUAUAUAUUAUCGACUACUCUUUCAUACUUGAGGUUAUUUUAGUUCAUGUUUUUGGUUUGUUUAAUUGGGGUGGAUAAGUGAAAUUUAUCUUAUAGCAUUUCGAAAUAUUUGGAGUUCGUUUUAAUUGAUAAUUUCUAAGAAAUGCAACGCAACAAGUUUAAUGACUUCA